UCAGAAGUAAAGCUGUAACUUCAAGUUUUCCAAAAUCUUCCAAAAGGCUCUCUCAUUUCUAUACUGUUUUCUCUACUGUAAUACACUUGAUUCUGUUUAUAGUGACUGAGAAUUACUGCAGUGCUGUGAAAGUGAAAGUGGAAGGAAAUAUCUGAGUCACACCCAGGUCCAGUUUUAUAUCAGUGACGCAGACUCACACAGCCGGAGCAGCAGCACACAGGUUCAGCUCUACAGCCAGAGCAGAGGAGAAGAACUAAAGCAACAACACAUCUGAGGUGCAGUUCAGAGGCCAGUGUCAUGGAUCAGCUUGAUCAGUUGUUCCGUCCUUUCUUCAAUUUGAAUCAAUAUGAACAACCAACCCCAAAACCAGAUCCUGAAUUCGAUCGUCAAUGGCGGCCAGUGGCGUGGAGUGAAGGUAACAAACAUCUGAUGUUGAGGAAACUGAAGGAUUUCCAGCCAGGCACUGCAGAAGUCCAUGAGCUGAAGAUUCUGCUUCACGGCCCAAUCGGAGCAGGAAAGUCGAGUUUAAUCAACUCCAUCAACACCGUCCUCCAAGGAUACAACGCUGCCGGUGCACUGGCAGAUUCAUCAGCUGGUCAAAGUCAGAGCUUCACUUUAAAGUUAAAAUUUCACAAGCUGAAGAAAGCUGGACCUGGAACUUUCUAUCCAUUUGUCUUUGCUGACAUCAUGGGUCUGGAACCAGAGGAAUCAAAUGGAGUGCAGACUGAAGAUAUGAUCCAAAUAUUACAGGGUCGUAUUAAAGACGGGUAUACACUUUCAAUCCUGUAAAACCCAUUGAUAAAGGCGACCCGAAGUACAUCAGCAACCCCAGCCUGAAAGACAAAGUGCACUGUCUGGUGAGUGUUCUACCAGCUGACAGAAUCUCCCUCAUCAGUCACAACGUUAUUAAGAAAAUGAGAGCUGU